AUGGAGGAAGGAACGGAUGCUGCUUCGAUAAAACCCGUCUCCUCUCUGAGAUCUCACUUCGAGGGUCUCAAGGUCACUCAGCCGCAGCCUGACAACCGUGGCAGCAUACCUGCAUCUCCGCAAGCAUUGAAGCCAAUCGACAGGCCCAGCACUCUGCCACCUCAAAGAGCCUCUUUUGAUCUAUCGCGGCCGACGUCGCCAUGGGCGGGUGCUGGAGGCGGGUAUACCAACAAUGCAGGACCACAAACUCCCAUCAAGGGCACCGAAUCACCCCCCAAACCUGGCCACAGGCGGCCCAUGUCCAUGCUCUUACAAUCCUCUCCGCAGCUAACUCCCUCGGUCAAGAUAGACUCGCCGCGAUCACCGCCGCGCACAUUCUUUGAGCGGAGUCCUUCCAGAUCUCCCGAGCGGGUGGAAAAGACUCUGUUUGGUAAAGUGCGCGAACCCAUAUCCCAACACUCAAGUCGCUCUUCAACCCCGGCACCCAGAGCGCCCAGUGCAGAUCGUUCUUACAUCGCGAAGACCUUGGAUAAAACACAUUCUGCGACCGAAAGACAAGAGGAGAAGCCAAAAGCUGGACCUCCCCCGGUCAAUCGAGCGGACAAGCCUAAGAUUCCUGCAAAGCCACCCGUGAUAUCCAUGCCCGGUGGUAAUGUGUUGAAUCCAGAGGCUCGAAGACCUUCAUUCGAAGCACGAAUAUCACCGUUCAGCACUCCUCCAAGCAGUGACGAAAACUCUCCAACACGGAGUCCUGACAUAUUGCCCGCUUCAUCCUCGACGAAGCCCUCCGCGCCUGCGGCUGCACCAGUGCCGACCAGGGCGACUCCCUCUCAAGCCCCUGCUUCCGAGGCGAAUUCUGCGCGACCAAAGGAUGCGCGAAUGUUUGGAUUCUCAAGCCCACCGUCCGGGCCCGAAAGAAAGGACCCUAGGACUUUGGGAUUUGCAGCACCUGAGCCGCGGCCACCCAGCCGCGGAUCGAACCUACCAUCAAGAGCUAAUACUGUCUCCGAAAAGCCUACCAGAGAUCCUCGUGAGCUGGGCUUGUCAAAUGGCAAACCAACACAGCGCCACGUUUCGGAGACCAUUCGACACACCCCUCCACCCCAGGUCGCUCCUGCACAGCCUCCCCGGCCGACUAACAUACGUGAUGCUCGUCUGCUUGGCUUCUCUGCUGCCCAGCCGUCGUCGGUUGAAAAGAUAGCGGAGGAACCACAUCCUAAUCUUCCUCCCCGAAAAAACAUUGAACCUCCUCCGCGUCCGUCUAAUGAAUCCAAGAACCCGACACGGUCUGUGCAACCACCGAGCCAUGUGGCGACCCCGGACCGUUCCAAGAAGCCUCCAUCUGCUCAGCAAAUCUCACGGGCACCCACCUUACCUAUGGAGCAACAUUUCCCUCCGCCACCGAAACGUGCAAGCGUCGAUGAGCGAGUUCUUCACCAGCCGACACCUGCACACAGGGCGCAGACGUUUGCCGGUGAUGUCUCAAGGCGGCCUUUGGCGACUAUGAAUACUGAAGACUCUGAUGAUGCAGAAGAGCUGGUUGAGGAGCCUACAACCUCUCGUUCCGAGUAUCCGGACGCUACGCAUACAAAUCGUCGGCCUCCGUCCAGUAAAGGCAGUCUUUGGGAGAUCAGCACGAAGUCGGACUCACGACUUGCUGAAGUCUGCGGUCAAUAUUUGUGUACGGCCGGCUAUGUGACUCGGGUGUUUAACAUGUCCUCGGGAGAGCAGGUCAUGAGCAUAAACCACGGCGAAACCGUCAAGGUGACUGCUGUGGCUUUCAAACCCGCUGUAGAUCUCGCCAAUGAGGGCACCAGACUCUGGCUGGGCUUCAACACUGGCGAGUUGAUGGAGGUCGAUGUUGCAACGCAUACAGUGGUAACGACCAAUUCGUCACAUAAUCGUCGAGAAAUUGUGCGCAUACUCCGGAACAAAAGAGACUUAUGGACCAUCGAUGAUGAAGGGAAACUCUUUGUGUGGAAGGCUGAUGAAACAGGCGUGCCCAACCUGAAAUAUAGCCAUAUCUCUCACAAGCUUCCAAAGGGACAUACAUUUUCUGUGGCAAUUAACGGCAAACUUUGGUAUGCUUCAGGCAAGGAACUGCGAAUAUACAAACCAGGCAACGAAAGCUCAUUUACUCCUUUGACACCACCGUUGUCCCAACACGGAAAUGGGGACGUGACGUGUGGGACUUACUCUAAUGAUGACAAAGGAAGAGCAUACUUCGGCCACAUUGACGGGCGCGUGUCCAUUUACUCGACCAAGGACUAUUCCACUAUUGCAAACAUCAAAGCUAGCGACUACAAGAUCAACAGCCUGGCCUUUGUUGCAGGCAAAUUAUGGGCUGCGUUCAAAACCGGAAUGGUCUAUGUCUAUGACACUUCCAGUUCGCCCUGGAAGACCCAGAAGGAUUGGAAAGCACACGAGGGACCGGUCACCCAAUUGCUCUUCGAUCCGAGUAGUGUUUGGACUCUUCAACAAUUGCAAGUUGUGACGAUCGGACAUGACAACUUCGUCAGGCUCUGGGAUGCCGCCCUUGAAGAUGAUUGGAUCGAAAUGGAGAUGCAGCGUCGCAGUGCCGAAUAUUGCAAGUUUCGGGACGUCCGAGCCGCCGUAGUCACUUGGAAUGUGGGAGCAUCUACGCCUGCUGAGUUGCGGGAAGACUUUGUCAUUGAAGCAAUCCACGCGUACGACCCACCCGAAAUUCUAGUCUUUGGAUUUCAGGAAGUUGUUGAUUUGGAGGAUCGAACUGUGACGGCGAAGAGCAUUUUUGGAUUCGGCAAGAAGAAAGAUACCGUCAAGACCGAACAACACCAAAGUCGUGUCUAUCGAGAGUGGCGAGAUUAUCUCAGCAAAGUCAUCAGUCGGUCCACCAGUGGUCAAUAUGAGUACUCCGAACUCCAUACCUCCAGCUUGAUCGGGCUAUUCCAAUGCGUUUUUGUUCGGCAAAAGGAGCGCCAAAAAAUCCGAAACCUACAAGCUGCAAGUGUGAAACUCGGAUUGAAGGGCCAUUAUGGAAACAAAGGAGCGCUCGUUACGCGGUUCAUAUUGGAUGAUAGCUCCGUAUGCUUCAUCAACUGCCACUUGGCAGCUGGCCAGACACAUACCUCACAUCGAAACAAUGAUGUUGCGGCCAUCCUCGAAGCCGAAGUCCUGGAUUUCGAACGCGACCCUGAAGUACGCAGUUCGAUUUAUAUCGGAGGAGGCGAUGGUACUCAAAUCCUCGACCACGAAAUAUGCAUCCUGAACGGUGACUUGAAUUACCGCAUUGAUACCAUCCCACGAGACUCGGUCAUCAACAUGAUCAAACGCAAUGAACUGGACACACUCCUGAAAAAAGAUCAGAUUAUGCUUUCGCGGCGCCGUGUAUCAGGAUUCCGUCUCGCACAGUUCAUCGAGUUACCCAUCACAUUCGCUCCCACAUAUAAAUAUGACGUGGGAACAGAUGAUUACGACACGUCCGAGAAGAAGCGCGCUCCAGCCUGGUGCGACCGGUUACUCUACCGUGGUCCAGGACGGGUAGAGCAGCUGGAGUACCGCCGCCAUGAGGUGCGAACGAGCGAUCAUCGGCCUGUCAGUGGGGUGUUCAAACUCACGGUGAAGACUAUCGAUGCCCAGAGGCGGGCCAAAGUCAAGGAAGAUUGCUUUGAGAAAUUCACAGAGGUCCGCAGGCGGAUAGCAGAGAAGGCGAGUGUUGACUAUUUGGUCACGGUGCUGGGUGUCGCUGAGCAGGAAGCUAAGCGGCUCAUAACAGCGAGAUGA